CGUUGUAGCCGCAGCGGGGAGGGCGGCUGGUGUUGCUUAGCUUGCUUAUUGUAUAGCAUAGCGCAGGAACAAUCAACCGAGUGACAGGAACGUGGGCCAAGGGAUUCGCUCACUGGCGAUGAUUGGCAAUGUCAAAGUCGUCAUUGGCAGAACGCCCAGAAUUGAAGCAACGCCGCUAAUAUGCUAAGCUAAUUUAUAUAUAAUGAUCUACUGUCUUAUCUGCUAGAUGCAGUUAUGCUGCCGCUUCACGUGGGGGUGAAUGCUAUCCCCAACCUCGAGAUUGACGAAUUAUCACAUUUCCUUGUCGCCCGUGCCGAUCGUAUGCAGGCGUGGUGUUCGUGGGGGAGGACAGCCCCUCAUGUCGGAAUGUCGGAAUGUUCGAGGCCGUGACGGGACGCAGAGCAAUUCCUGGUUGGAGACAAUGAGCGUGUAUUCCGAGCCACGUUCUGACGCUUGGAGAAAAUAUGCUACCUUGCAAUGCAGCGAUCGCCAGAAAGUGAUAGGGAUCAUCGAAGCGGGAGCUUCUAGAAGUAUGCUGAAGCAUAGUUGCAUAUUGAGGGCUCGGAAGAAAGUUGCCGAUGAGAUAUGGGACCAUGGAGCAAUCGUUGUUGAGGAUAACUAUAUAAAGUGAGAAGAAUCCUCCUCAACGACCUAGGAAACAAUCCUCCCAAGGCAUCUACUCUAUUCAUCUGAAAAUUACACCUCAAAAUUCACAAGAUGAAGGUCACCGCUGCUGUCUUUGGGCUCCUUGCCUUUGCAGCUACCAUUGAAGCUGCCCCCAAGACCAACAAGGCCGGUUCGGAAGCAUCCAUCGCCAACCUCAAGGACAAGAUCAAGAAUGUUGUCCUCAUCACCAUGGAGAAUCGUUCGCUCGACAACCUCCUCGGUGGACAGAAGACCAAGGGCAUUGAGAACUCCGUCAACAAUGGCCCAUACUGCAACCCCCUCAACCUCACGGACACCUCUAAGGGCAAGGCAUGCAGUAAGCCCAAGGACUACGAUUCCAUCCUCAACGACCCCGAUCACGGCGUCCCAGGAAACAAUAUUGAGUUCUACGGCACCUUCUUGCCAGACAACGCUGCCAUCCAGGCAGGGAAGCUUAAGCCUACGAUGAACGGUUUCGUCCAUGAACAGCUCCGUCUGUACUCUGCUAAGCAAGACCAAUCGGUCCUUGCUAACCAGGUCAUGAACUACUACACUGAGGAGCAAGUUCCCGUCAUCACUGGCUUCACCAAGGAGUUUGUUACCUUCAACAACUGGCACUCUGGCCACCCCGGCCCAACCAACCCCAACAGAGCCUACAUCGUCUCAGGAACCUCCGCCGGCCACGGAACCAACGACGCCGACUUCGGCAAGAGCGCUCUAACCCAGCACUCCAUCUUCGAGCAGCUGUCCUCCCAAAACAUCACCUGGAAGAACUACGCCACCGUCGCCGGCGGCGGCGACGCCAUGUACUUCGCCUCCACCGUCGCCAGCGGCGACUCCAAGACGAAGAUGAAGUCCCUCAGCGAGUUCUACCAGGACGCCUACCUCGGCCGCCUCCCGCAAUUCACCUACGUCAACCCCUCGUGCUGCGGUGUCGGAACCAACUCUAUGCACCCCACUGGCCUCGUCUCUGACGGAGAGGUCCUCCUCAAGCAGAUGUACGAUGCCAUCCGCAAUGGGCCGCAGUGGGAGAACACCCUCUUCAUCGUCACUUUUGAUGAGACUGGAGGUUUCCAUGACCACGUCGCGCCACCGCUUGCGCCGCGCCCAGAUAACCUGACUUACACCGUCGCUACCCCUGAUAAGGAUCAGUACACUUUUGAGUUUGACCGUCUUGGAGGCCGUCUGCCAACCUGGAUCAUCUCCCCUUGGGUCGCUUCGGGGUACGUUGAGAAGCUUGGUGUUAACAGCGAUGGCGAGACUGUGUCGUACAGUGCUACGUCGAUCUUGAGGACUCUUGGGUACCUGUGGGAUUUUGCGCCCUUCACGCCGCGUGUUGAGUGGUCGCCUUCGUUCGAUCACUUGAUCUUGGAGAAGACCAACAACAAGGCGAAACCGCAGGUGAUGCCUAACCCAAUCAAGUUUUAGAUGGCGGAUGAAGAUGAUGAUGUGAUGGUGACAAAAAAAGGUGCA